AUGAGGAUGAAAGCCCACGGCCCAGACGCAGGGAGCCGAGACCUUUGGACCGACCAGAUUAAACCAGCUGUCUCCUCCGAGCUGCCGGUAUCACUGCGGUCCUCCGAGCUGCCGGUAUCACUGCGGUCCUCCGAGCUGCCGGUAUCACUGCGGUCCUCCGAGCUGCCGGUAUCACUGCGGUCCUCCGAGCUGCCGGUAUCACUGCAGUCCUCCGAGCUGCCCGUAUCACUGCGGUCCUCCGAGCUGCCGGUAUCACUGCGGUCCUCCGAGCUGCCGGUAUCACUGCGGUCCUCCGAGCUGCCGGUAUCACUGCAGUCCUCUGAGCUGCCGGUAUCACUGCGGUCCCUCCGAGCUGCCGCUGCCCGUAUCACUGCGGCCCCUCCGAGCUGUCGGUAUCACUGCGGUCCUCCGAGCUGUCGGUAUCACUGCAGUCCUCUGAGCUGCCCGUAUCACUGCGGUCCCUCUGAGCAGCCGGUAUCACUGCAGUCCUCUGCGGUGCCGGUAUCACUGCGGUCCUCCGAGCUGCCGGUAUCACUGCGGUCCUCUGAGCUGCCGUCGUCUGAGCUGCCCGUAUCACUGCGGUCCUCUGAGCUGCCGGUAUCACUGCGGUCCUCCGAGCUGCCGGUAUCACUGCGGUCCUCUGAGCUGCCCGUAUCACUGCAGUCCUCUGAGCUGCCCGUAUCACUGCAGUCCUCUGAGCUGCCCGUAUCACUACGGUCCCUCCGAGCUGUCGGUAUCACUGCGGUCCUCCGAGCUGCCGGUAUCACUGCGGUCCUCCGAGCUGUCGGUAUCACUGCGGUCCUCCGAGCUGCCGGUAUCACUGCGGUCCUCCGAGCUGCCGGUAUCACUGCGGUCCCUCCGAGCUGUCGGUAUCACUGCGGUCCUCUGAGCUGCCCGUAUCACUGCGGUCCUCCGAGCUGUCGGUAUCACUGCGGUCCUCCGAGCUGCCGGUAUCACUGCGGUCCUCUGAGCUGCCCGUAUCACUGCAGUCCUCUGAGCUGCCCGUAUCACUGCGGUCCUCCGAGCUGUCGGUAUCACUGCGGUCCUCCGAGCUGCCGGUAUCACUGCGGUCCUCUGAGCUGCCCGUAUCACUGCGGUCCCUCCGAGCUGUCGGUAUCACUGCGGUCCUCCGAGCUGUCGGUAUCACUGCAGUCCUCUGAGCUGCCCGUAUCACUGCGGUCCCUCUGA